AUGGCGGCCAACUACCACCACUACCAGAUGGCGGUGCACGCGGCGGCGGCGGCGGCGGCUGCGUGGAGGGAGCCGGACAGCCCGGAGCUGAGCUUCGUGAGCGGGUGCAGCUCCCUCUUCUCCAUCUCCACGCUGCAGGACGACGACGACGACGGCAGACCCGCCGUCGUCAUCGCCGGCCACGCGCUGCCCUCCACGCCCGUCUCGCUCGCGGGGUUUGCUGCCGGCGACGAGGUCGACAUGGAGGUGCAGCAGGCGAGCGGCGACGACCGGCGGAGCAUCAGGAUGAUGAGGAACCGCGAGUCCGCGCUCCGCUCCAGGGCCAGGAAGAGGGCAUAUGUGGAGAAUCUAGAGAAAGAGGUUCGCCGUCUGGUGGAUGAGAACUUGAAGCUCAAGAAGCAGUGCAAAGAGCUGAAACUGGAAGUAGCGGCACUGGUCCUCCCAACCAAGAGCUCACUUCGAAGAACCUCAUCCACCCAAUUCUGA